GAUUGUUGUGACUUCGCCAGUAACGCGUUUAUCGCCGCCGGUUAUCUUUGCUUGUAAUCGUAGGCGAGGCAGAGUUUCCACCGAUAUUCGUGCGCGCCGCUCGAGUUCCGUUGCUCCUUUUCGGAGAUAGGUCGCUUCCGGUGUUCAGUUCCGCACGGAGUAAUGUUUAUGUUUCCAGAACCGCCGCCGAUCGGCUAUUAUAUUGCCGACGUUUCGCCGUCGUGUUUAUCCGACGGGAUUUUUCACCGUGGAAAGCCGGCUGCCACUCACAAACACGUGGCUAAGCAGCUUAGACCUAUUAAGAGGAGUCUUAGCGAUCCGGUAGCGCCGGUACAAGAUAUAGAUCCGCGUGUUCUAGGCCAAUGGAUCAAACGAGAGAACGAGGGCCUCGUGGACCCCCCUGGUCUUGACAAUGGAACGGUAUUCGAGACACUGAGCUUGAUGCCCAAACACGUCCAUCAAUCAUCGAAACACAUCUCGUCUUCCAUUUUCCCUCGUUCCCAGCAGUUCGAGCUGUGGCACAUCCGCGAUCGCCGAUCGAGAAACGCGAGGAAGCUCAUGGCAACGAUGACAGAGUGCCCGGUGAAACAUGAAACUGGCAAGUCUGCAACGAAUGGCGAGGCGUGCGACUAUCUAACGCCGCCAUUUUGGUGGGGCGGCGAAACUGCGAGAUCCGCGGGUUUUCCGGUUGGAGAUAUCAAUGAAUACGCGUACGAAAAAUUCAAAGAAUCAGAGAAGGAUGAUGGAAAAAUCAGCGAGAUGCUUCGCAUGGACCAUCCGAAGAAGUAUAUACCGGGUGUGAUCCAUCGAAUGAAGAACCCAGAAGAUAGAAGCAUGAAAGAGGUUCUGGCCAAAGCGGAUGCUUUCAAGGUGGUUCCGAAGAUCGAGGAAUCAUCGAAAGAUCGUUCGUCGGUCGAGGAGUACGCUUGUUCUACGAAGAAGCUUCGUACGUAUACAAACCCGAGCACCUUCCAAACACGACUGUUUAAUUCGAUGUACACGAUUUAUUAUGCAGCGGUUGCGUCGGUUCCACGGGACACCGCACGGAAAGAGGAAGCGCGGCGCGCAGAUAAAUCAUUGUUUGAUAACGAUACGCGGUGGCAGUUGGCCUACGAGGAGAUCGGUUUCGCAGGGACCGACCCGGAGAGACAGAGAGAGCUGCAGCUGUUGACAAAACCAUUUUUGCACGAGCUGCACAAGUGGUACUCGAAAAGCAAACCGACCAAGUUUGCGGAGCCGGUGAAACGGAAGGGGAAAAGGCCGAUACCUGAAAUGCGUUUUUCACACUUGUAACGCGUUCUAGCGAAUGAAACCUUCUCGUAUCGAAUGCUAUCAAAUACUGCGACAAACUAUGUCAAUCCUGUACCGAGAUAAAUGAUUCUAUUGAUAGUACCGAUCUAGGUCCAAGAGGAGGAGGAAUUAUCUAGUGUACAUAGAGCGUUUUUGAGUAAACUCGUUCGUUCGAAUCGAAAUUGGGUUACCGCACGCUACUUCGAUCGAAUAGUUGCGUUAUCAUUGUUGAUAGUAAAUCGGUAAGGAGAUACGCGUUGUUGUGAAACCAGUUACCGAAACAAACCGUCGUUCACUAUCGGUAAGCAGGCACGCGACAGAUUAAUAGAAUUAAGUAACGACGGUUACGGGCGCGUGGUUCGGUUAAUGAAAAUUGAUCCUGCUCAUUGGAUUAAUAAGCCCCGUGCGCCGCGAGAUCGCUAUUGACAGGCGGGGCGCGCGAAUUGGUGUCCUUUUUUCGCGGAAUUGAUCCGCGGCGCGGUCUUACUAUUGAAUUACGCCUCCUAUACGAUUACGUUUCCUUUUUUGCACGGCGCUUGCGGAUUCCGGGACGGCCGCGCUGUCGACGCGUUCGCGAAUAUUGCGUUGUUAAGAUUCCAUGGUGUUCUUCGAAUUCUUCGGUGGUUAAUAAAACGCGAAAACAAAGUUCGUGUAGUUGGUAACGAGGAGAGAGAGAACUGAUUACUGUGAUUAAAAGGAUCGUCGAAUUUCGAUCGACUCUUGGUAAAAUCUUGCAUUGUAUUCAGAUGCAGCGUCAUUCCGAAAGAAAUGACAUAAAUGAGGAAAGAGAUCGAUUCGCGUGUAGCAUUUCCAAUGCGUGGAAUUACGUUUCGUUGAUUGUAUCGUUAUUAAUGAGUCUGCUGUUAAUUUAAACGCGUAAGUCGAUACACGAUGCGAUUAAAAUGAAAUUAAAUCUUGAAUAAGAUUGUCAUUUCAGUCAGCAAGAUAGGUGAAUCGUGUAGAUUUCGAACAGGUACGUGUUAUUAAGAUUGAUUCGAUGAUUCGUUGAUAGCUGCAGUUGUGUUACGAGUUUCUGUAAUUCUCUAAUCGAUCAUCGGCGAAGAUUGCGUACAGAUUUUCUUGCGUCAUCGGUAUCGAAAAUUACGAUGCGAAUUUAUUAUGCUUGGGAUGUUCGGAGAGUGUCGGGAUCGAAACCAAUCAUUAGGUAUUAUUGACAGUGAUGAAAAUUCUUGAUUGAUUGUUAACUCAAUUGGUUGACAUUUCGAGCUCGCAGACCGCGUCGUCCGCUGCAAUAUCCCUCGCAGGAUUUCAUCAUGCCGCUUAGCCCACGUGCUCGCUUUCCUGCUAAAACCGCGCCUGCACCGUUAAUAUUAAACC